AUGGUUGGACAGUGUAACAUGCAUGCAAGAGAGCUGCACAUAUUUGGGGCUGCUACCAGCUCUUUGCUGUUGCCACCGCUGCCUGUAUUCAGAGCCACAGCUGGCCGUUUUGGCAUCUGCCAUAAGUACCGCCGUCUCUCCUCCCUGCUGCCCUCAAGGCAUGAGCGCCCCCUCCCCUGCCAACAUGGUUUGGGAGGAGACAAGACAGUUCUGUUGCAAGAAGAAGAUCAAGCUGCUGAUGGCAAGUCCAGCCAUGGCAACACACUCUUGUUAGGUUUCCAAGGAACUCCAACACUGUAUGGGAGACUGAUGAUUCUAGGACAGUGGCUGUAUGGGAGUCUGUAUGGGAGACUGAUGAUUCUAGGACAGUGGCUGAAGUCCUGUUGCACUAGGAGCAGUGGUGGCGAACCUUUUUGGAUUCGUGUGCCCAAACUGGUGACGGCGGAACCGGAGGUGGUGGUGGCAGAACCGGAAGUGGCGGCAGAAGGAGGAAUCCUGGCACAAGACCCCGCUCUCGAUCCGCUGGCAGCACCAGCUGCUCUGGAUCUGUCUGCCAAAGUGCCAGCACCACGGCUGCAGUUGCCUUCUCAGGAUGCUAAAGCUUGCCUAAGAAUUAACACUCACCCCCUCCCUGGUGUUUUUGUUGCAGACGUGACCCUGAAGGUCCACGUAAGUGAUGCCAGCACACAUCAGCCAGUCACCGAAGCCUUUAUUGAGAUUUUUACCAACCAGAUUCCUGUUGCUUCUGGAACCUCAGGAGCAGAUGGCACUGCCUUCAUCAAGUUUCAGUACAAGCUGGGCAGUCAGCUGAUCGUUACUGCGACCAAGCAUGCUUACGUGCCAAAUUCUGCACCAUGGAAACCUAUAAGAUUGCCUGUUUUUUCUUCUCUGAGCCUUGGCCUUCUUCCUGAACGUUCAGCUACUUUAAUGGUGUAUGAAGAUGUUGUGCAAAUAGUCUCAGGAUUUCAAGGUGCACGGAUUCAACCCAAAGUUCAUUUCCAAAGGAGAGCCUUGAAGCUGCCAGAGAAUACCAGCUAUAGUGACCUGACAGCGUUUCUUACUUCAGCUAGUUCACCAUGGGAGGUGGAUAGUUUUCCUUAUUUGCAAGGAUAUGAUGGCAAUGGAACUGGAAAUAACACUAGGUAUGAUCUUACUCCUGUCACUGCAGUUAGUGUUCACUUACUCAGAAGUGAUGGGACUCCGGUUCCAGUGAACGGGCCCAUCUAUGUCACAGUGCCUCUCCCAACAACCAACAGCUUGAAACACAACACUCAUGUGCCGGCUUGGAGGUUUGACCAAAAAUUUGGGACAUGGUUGAAAAGCAGCUUAGGCAUCAUAGAACGAGAAGGAAGUGAGAUGACCUGGACAUAUAUUGCCCCACAGCUGGGGUAUUGGGUUGCAGCCAUGUCACCCACAAAUCCAGGUCCCAUCAUAACCCAAGAUAUAACCACAUAUCACACAGUGUUUCUUUUGGCAAUCCUCGGAGGAAUAGCUCUUAUACUACUUGUUUUAUUGUGCCUCCUUUUGUACUACUGCAGGAGAAAAUGUUUGAAACCACGUCAACACCAUAAGAAACUGCAGUUGUCCUCAGCACUUAGUGGAGCCAAGAAGGAUCAGUCAACCUCAAUGUCCCACCUCAACCUAAUAUUCUCACGACGAGAGUCGGAAUUUCCUGGUGGGCCCUCUGCUGCUAGCAACAGGCAUGCAGAAUCGGCAGGCCAUAAAGAGCUGAUGGGAGCGGUUCAUAUGGAGAAAGGUGGUUUGGGCGGAGAGGCAGAUAUGCGUACUCCCAUGCUCAAACAUGCGUAUAGCACUUCGCAGGAAUUCAGUUCUCGGGAAGAACUGCUUUCCCACAAGAAGGACCAGAACCGAAUGUCUCUGGAGAAUAUGACCUCUGGUGACACUUUGAGAAAAGACUAUAUUAAAUUAGUGGAUGCUUUCCCUAUAAACCCAAGAAAAUCUGUAGAAACAUCGGAAGGCUAUGACUCCCCUGACAAGGAGGAUCAUAGAAGGAGUUACAAUGCAAUGUUGGCUCGGCCUUUGUUUGAAAAGCAAGAGCAAACAUCCAUGAAUCAUAUUUCGACUGGAAGUAAAUACAAUAUUCAGGAACCACUGUACCCCAUACCUUCAGCGCCUGAAACAGAACUGUUAGACUGCAGACCCUCUGAAUGUAUGAUGUCUCGCUCUGUCGACCAUCUUGAAAGACCUACAUCUUUCCCUCGACCUGGUCAGCUGGUUUGCUGUAAUUCUGUGGAUCAGGUUAAUGACAGUGUUUACAGAAAAGUAUUGCCUACCUUAGUCAUUCCAGGUCAUUACAUGAAACUCCCUGGGGACCAUCCUUAUGUUAGCCAGCCUUUGGCAGUUCCCACUGACCAGCCAAUCGAUAUCGAAAGACUCCAGGCAGAUCUGGCGAGUCCUCAUUCGCAGCUUUUCCCACAUUCCCAGCAACAGAUGCAGCCUCAACAAUUGGCAGCUCAGGCAAUAUCUCAACAACAUUUGCAAGAAGCUGGUGCGAGCGAAUGGAACCCGCAAAAUGUUUCCAUGUCGGAAUCGGUGUCCAUCCCAGCCUCGCUCAACGAUGCUUCUUUGGCCCAAAUGAACAGCGAAGUGCAGCUUCUUACGGAGAAGGCUCUCAUGGAAUUGGGCGGAGGCAAGCCUUUACCUCAUCCACGAGCGUGGUUUGUUUCUCUAGAUGGGCGUUCAAACGCCCAUGUCAGACAUUCGUACAUCGAUCUUCAAAGAGCUGGAAGGAAUGGAAGCAACGAUGCCAGUUUGGAUUCGGGCGUCGACAUGAACGAACCAAAAUCUGCCCGAAAGGGGAGGGGAGAUCAUUUGUCUUUGCAGCAAACUCAUCAGCAAGGGCAGACACACCCGCAGAAAGAGCAGAAAGCUCCGGACAGCACAGCUUACACACAGCUGGUCUAUCUGGAUGAUAUGGACCAAAGUGGUAAUGAAUGUGGAACUGCAGUGUGCAGUCCGGAAGACAGCACCCUGAGGUGCUUGUUAGAUGGAGGCAGCAGACGACCGGGUGGCCAGUUGCCCAGCUUGCAGGAAGAAACAAUAAAAAGAACUGUAGAAAGUUCACCAGAGCCUUUAACAAGUCCAGAACAUGGAACAACUGUCCACAGUGAAGUUGGAGAGGAGGACGAGGAUGAAGAUGAUGAGGAGGAUGACCAAGGAGAAGAUAAAAAGAGUCCCUGGCAAAAACGAGAAGAAAGACCACUCAUGGCUUUUAAUCUAAAGUGAGCUACAACAGAUUCUUUUUUUCUCCCCUUUCCCCAGAGGAAUAUAAAAUUGCCAAAUAUUUUUUUCCAGUGGAUGCUCUGGCUGUUUAAAGGGGGUGAAAAGGAGAUGAAAAUAACCCUCACGGCCAGGCAACAGAGAAAGUACACUUUAAGGAUUCCUGUGCAGAAUGAAAUCUGUUCCUCGGAAUCCUAUACGAGGAACAUGUCCUGCAAGAGAACAGUGUGACGUUAAUUCCGUUUACUUGAUAUUGGCCAUCAAGGACGUUUGGACAUAAUUGGCAUGUGGUAUGGCAGAUUAUGACCUCAGAUGUGUGAAGCAUUGUUGCAUUUUCUUGAUUCAAUGUUAUUGACGCUACUGAAAGGGUAUCUUCAGAGUUUGACACUUGACAUCUUAACAGAUAUGCAUUAUCUCAAAGGAAGGCUAUGCAUUGCUGCUUUUUAGUAAUCGUUUUGUUUAAACUAUGCUUUUCUUACUUAUUUACAAGGUAGUGGUAAAACAUUGUACGUCUCUUUCUCGUAGUCUGCUCAGCAACUGAGUUUUUUAUGUAUGUGGAGCCUGGGUAGCAUUUUGUGGUAUUUUAAAAAGCUUUUUUAUGAAACCAAAUUUUCAUAAAAAUUUUAAGUCAGCUGCAAUUCCUCCAGUUUUGGUCCCUAAUCCAAGUGCCUUUUUUACAGGAACAAUGAACAGCCCCUUCUUUUGCUAGCGCCUUGAAUAUUCAGAUUUUUUUUUUAAAUAAAAAAUUCUGAAGCUGUACCUUUCCUUUAAACUGCAUGCCAUCAAGUGUCUGUGCUGAAUGAUUCCUCAUUUCACUACAAUGUAUUCUCUCGUUAUGGUGUGUACUGUGGAUUCUGUUUAGCCGAGAUAGACUAGAGGACAUCUUUGGAAGACCCCAAAGCAGCCAAGGGGAUAGUUUCACUGACUGUACAUAUGAUGUAUAUAGGCUCGAGUGACAUGGAUCAUGGACCAAGCAAGUGAACUGAAUGUGUUUUCAAAAUGUCAGGCAAACUUUAUAUGUACUAUCAAAAAGUGCCAGGUAACACUUCUGUGCUUUCUCUACAUAAAGCUGCUUGGUUAUCCAAAAAUUAUAAUUAAAAAAACUUUUUAAAAGGAUUUUAAAAAACUCCUUUUUGGUGUCACAGCAUUAUUAUUUAGUAGACUAAACAAGGAUUCUGAAAGUGAUUAUUAAAGUAUAUAUGCCUGAGUCUGAUUAUUUAAUUCUUGCAGCAUCCUAGUUAAGGCCCACAACAGAUGUCAUGGCAUCAGACAUGGUUAUUUGCUUCUCUCAGCCUUUUUGUAGAGAUAUUUUAUAGGAUGACCUGCAGCAG